CGCUUUCAGCUACGAACGUCCUUUGUCCCCACACACCGCAUCCGUAUCCACAGCAUGUACGUCAGCAGCAGCGCAUCAACCAAACCUGGUCUCUUCGAGACGCGCAUGCGGCACCAACGAACAAAUGGCGCCCAAAAAACACACACUCCCUCCCUCUCUCAUUUGAAUAAACAACACACGCGCACAGACGGACCGACGGACACCACACUAGUGCUCACACGGCCCCUCCCCCAUUCACGUGUGGCCUUCGAUGAGGCUGUCGAGGACCUCCUUGGCCAGCUGCAGCUUCACUGGAUCAACCGUACGCAGAACCAGUGCAUCAUCUGCACACACACACACACAAGGACACAAAGUCAGCACAUGACAUCCCUGCUUGAAGGGCCACCAUCACCCCUCGUGUGGGCAUCGCACCCGCCGCACCUGAUUCCUUCUCGAACCCCACGGAUCUCAGGACGUCCUCAAACCCAGGCAGAGAGAAGACCUUCUCACUCAACACACGGUUGCUCCGCCGCAGCCUCCUGUACUUGUCGUCGUAGGGGCUCUGCUGCACGUUGCUGAUGAGCUUUCGCAGCAACACCCACCCCUCCCGCAUGACGCCCUCCAGACCCCCACUCCGCCCCUGUAGCACCAGCCGCUGCCGCAGGGUCUCCACAUACUUCUGCGUGGCGUCGGCGAUUCUUUGGAGCUCGUCGCUCUCGACAGGCAUGGCGAUUGGGCUGGUGUCGCCCUCAUGCAUGUCCUGGUCGGCCUCCUGCGGAGCGGCCGGGGACUCGACUGUCCCCUCCUGCUGAGUUUCGAUCACGGUGUCGCCGCCCUUGUCUGCUCUGUCUUCGUGGCUGUGAGCCUGGUGGUCGUCACAGCAGAUCAGAGGCUGGUGUUCGUCGGCCAUCUCGGGUGUGGUGGGUGGGAUGGGGGAGGUCGGCUGGGGCUGGUGUCUUCUCUCGGCGGCUUGUGCGGCGACCUCACGAAGGCUGAGGGGAUCUGUGGGGGCGGGGUGAGCGCCUCCCAGUGUUGCCGUGAAGGACCAGUUGUCUUGAGGCUCGGCAGGGCCGCUCUCAGCCAUGUUGAGAGUCCCCAUUUCGCUCAUGCCUACAGCACAUUCACACCAACGAACGAGUGCAUCGCACUGUCGGUCCGGGUCGUGUGGGUCCGUCCGUACCUGUGGUCCUUCCCGCGCUCUUGAACUGGUUGGUGACCUGCAUGUAGUGCGCCCGCAGCUCGCUCAUCAAGUUGUAAAAGUCUGAACCGACAACACAUCACACAAUGGUGCGUGUGAGGCUCUGGUCUGGUCUGUUAUGAGUUGUACCUCUGUUGUGUGGACCGAUGCGGUUGUGUGUGAGCUCGUGCAGUAGAGUGUUCAGGAUCCUGCACACACCAAGACGAUGAGGCCCGUCAUGGCUUCAUCACGACAUGGACGUGCGGUGCAGUGGGUGUGUGGGUGUCGCUUACACUUCGUAUUUCCUGAACCCCUUGAGGUCGUCAGUGCGCAGACGGAGAUGAAUCUUCUGACCUCUGACGUAAGCAGGCACACCCACAGCACAGCCACACACACAGACAAGGAUGAGAUGAGGUGCAACCAGCCCUCAGCUCAGCUCAGCUCAGCUGCCCGUCCGUCCCUCCCUGAUACCUGCCCUCGUUGAGCCCGAGUAUACACACGGGAUCUUCCCCCACCUUGCCCUCAGGCGGCAUCUCACACAGCACCCCCACCGUCCACUGGUACUCUCGCAUGAUGCUCACUAUCCCGGGGUCAGUCGCCAGCCGCUGCAGCAGCCUCAAAGCCUCUGACUGGGGCGGGUGGCUGAGCUGUGGCAGCACCUCCAGCCUCUCGAAGCGGUAGGUGCUGUCCUGCUGGGGGGCUUUGGUGAGGGAGGCCACCGACACCUCGUACUUCCGCCGAGGGCCCUUGUCGAACCCUCUGGGGAAGAGCGCACACACAGACAGGCAGGCAGAUCAAUGCUGGGGUGUAGCUAAGGGUCUGUCGCGGUCAGCCAGUGUGCGCGCACCUGCGCAGUGGGUCGCUCUUGGAGUUCUGCACCAGGAUGAUCUCCUCCUCGCGGCUGGCUACCACAAGCACCUUGCUCCUCUCCUGACAACACACACACACACACACACAAACAGAUCACCGAUGCUGUCUUCGUGCCUCCAUCGUCCUCCUGUGUGUGCCUACGUCGAUUCCCGCGUCCUUGAUGGUGUCUUCAGCCUUCAGCUGUUUCCCCUUGACGAACAGGCGGAUGUGCUGCUGCUUGAAGGCAAACAUGGCAGCGAUGAAGUCGAACAGCUGGUCGCACGCCUCAUUCGGGUCAACGGGCACACAAUAGCCCUCCUUCUUGUACGUCACCACCACGUCCACCAACUCCGGACCGCUCCGGUCGACGGACGCUUCCUCCUCUGUCAUCAUUACACUCACUUGGCGAUGCGCGCGGGACGAUGCAAUCCCGCCUCAAUCUUCC